GUUGGAUACAGGGUGCCAACUUUGAAUUCGGAAAUUUGCUGCUUGUUGUAUAACUCGCAUAACUGAAACGUGACGUAACAGUUAGCUUUCUGUUCGGGGCACUGUGCACAAUGCUGCCAACUGGUGCGCACACGAAGAGCUGAGAAGCAGAGAAAAAACAAAUACGAAGCAAAAAGUGUAAAGUUCGCGAGAACUCGAAUUGUAAGUAGGAUCGUGUUUUGUGCAUAAAACAAAAGCAAAAUACGCACAAAAAAUUUGGAAUUGUAUAGAGUGAUUGAGUCGAAGCACCGCGGAGUGUACGCCCAGCGAAAAUCCGAAUAGAAGUAUAACCUACGUUAACGUUACCACCUGUGCUGUCCCUGCCCCUUCCAAUUUUUUCCACUUGCACACACACACAGACACUUCCAUACAAUUCUUUUCGCUUUGCGAAAUCUAAGACGAAGGCCAAACGACUAAGCAACCAAUAUCAAGCAAGCAGCCAAAAUCAACACAACAAAUGCGUGCGGGAGCGCUUGAAAGUAUAUUUUAGUUAAAUUGCAACAGCAAUUUGCAGUGUCACUGAGGCAGUUGCUUACAAAGCUUUUCGCCCAGGCUCUGCCUCCGCCACACACACUCAAUCAAGAUGUCGGUGCGAACAAAAGUGUUAAGUUUUGUGGACGUAAUGAUGCGCGUGCCCCCCAUCAUGGUCAUUGACGAGAUACUCAAAGUAGGCAUGGGUCUGCCAACGCGGCUGUAUCCCAAUUCGGUAACCAAGGAUACAGAUGGAGGUCAAGCGGCGGCCCCAACAGACGCCAGCAACAGCACAUAUGCCGUACUCAGGCGAACAUUCUUUGGCCUAAUCGGUGACGACGCGGCCGCCUCUGCCAUUAACACCACACAAGCAAUGCUGGAACGAAGCAUAGACAAUGCAUCGAAGACAGCGCAGACGGGCGGCAUGCUCAGCUCCUCUUUCAAUGCGCUUAUGGAUGAGCUAGCACAGGAUGCCACACUGGCGGACAUUCUGACUAUGACCACGGUGAAAUUUGUGAUCUGUUUAUUAGGUUUCCUGAGUGCUUCAUGCAUUUUCAUGCUGUGGACGCGGCAUCUGGUGAUGGUAUAUAUGUUUCUUACCUCGUUAGGCUUGACAUUUCUCUCCUACUGGUCAAAUGUUUCCGCCUUGGCGCUGAUGGAGCGCAGUCCAAGCAUUUUGGAGGACGUGUUGUCCAUGAACACGACACGGUUGCUGGACUCUGGAGGCGUGGUAAUGUCCCUGGCGCCACAUUUAAUGGCUCAGUGGUUUAUGGGAAUGCUGUUUGCCUACAUUCACCUGGGUCCACGUUUUGCGUUGCUGCAAAAGUCAAUGCCAAUUAUCUUUACUAGUCCCAUUCUAUUGGCCAUGUUGCCUCUGCCCCCGCGGCUGAUUGGACAUCUGCCAGUAAUUGCGGGCGUCACACCAAUUAUUUUAACAAUGAUUACACUGAUGAAAAGCGCGAUGGAAGCGAGCAAGACCGUCUACAAUGGCUAUCAGUAUGCCAUGAACUUUGUAUCCAACUUUGGACUCUCGGCUCUCAUCGAAAACGAGUGGCAGAGGCUUAAUGUGCCCAGUGUUUUACGCGUAUUCUGGACCCUAAGAAUCAUUCAAGGCGGCUACGCGCUGAUCAAUUCCGACACGCCGCUACCUUUGCUGCCCGCAGUUCAGAAACUGCUCGUGGAUGGCUGUGAAACACUGACUGCUGUGCUUGGUAUGACUGCCGUAAUCUCGGUUGUCUGCCAUUACAUUGGACGUGGCUUUCAGUGGUACCUGCUCACAUACGACAACGAUGAGGAGAAAUCAUUGGGUACCGUCUCGGCUGUACUUUUCUAUAUAUUGGCGCUUCAGACAGGUCUAACCUCGCUCUCGCCUGAUAAGCGUUUUGUGCGCUUGUGUCGCAACCUGUGCCUACUUGUCACAGCCCUACUGCACUUUCUACAUAACAUCGUAUCACCUAUCUUAAUGUCUUUGAGUGCGGCACGCAAUCCAUCGCGCAAACGGCACGUGCGCGCCUUGUCUGUCUGUGCCUUUCUCAUUGUGGUGCCCAUUUGCCUGCUCUUCUUUCUGUGGACACAGCACUCGCCCUCCACUUGGUUGCUUGCUGUUACUGCCUUCUCCGUGGAGGUCGUCGUGAAGGUGCUUGUCUCGUUGGCCACCUACACUCUGUUUUCAAUCGAUGCCCGCCGACAGUUUUUCUGGGAGAAAUUAGACGAUUAUCUAUACUAUGUGCGGGCUUUCGGGAACUCGGUGGAAUUCUGCUUUGGAAUAUUGCUUUUCAUCAAUGGAGCCUGGAUUCUAGUUUUUGAAUCAGCCCAAAAUGCUACAGGCGGCGCCAUUAGAGCGAUCAUGAUGUGCAUCCACGCCUACUUUAAUAUUUGGUGCGAGGCCCGUGCGGGUUGGUCCGUGUUCAUGAAGCGUCGAUCUGCUGUUCACAAGAUUUCGGCUCUCCCCGAGGCAACGCCCGCCCAGCUCCGAGCCUUUGAUGAUGUUUGCGCUAUUUGCUAUCAGGAGAUGUACUCAGCCAAAAUAACCCGCUGCCGGCACUUCUUCCAUGGCGUGUGCUUGCGCAAGUGGCUCUAUGUACAGGAUCGCUGUCCCUUGUGCCAUGAGAUCAUGAUGUAUACCGACAAGGCGGAGAACAAUGCCAACGAAACUGAGGAAGAGGCAGCAGCGGCGGCGGAACAACCGCUCCGCAUUUAUCCCCGAGAUGAAGCAAAUAAUGCUAAUCCGGCACGUCAUUCGCCUGAUCGCGCACCUCCCGUGCCAGAGGCUUCCACGUCCACAGCAGCGCCUCCAGUAAAUGCUGCCCAGGUGUCCAGUGCUGUCAAUGCAGCAGCAUCAUCCACCUCCACACCUCUACCCGCAGGCAUUGCCCCCAGUACGAGUAGUAGCAGUACCAGUAACUCCAGCUAUAUUACAGCGUCCGGCCAGCAGCCACCGCCGACGGCAACUUCAGCGGCUGCUGUGGCCACCGCAGCAGCCAGCAACACAACACACAUGUUUCGAAUGUCGCAGGAUCAGCAAUGAACCACUCAAACCGGCUGGCGAACUUUUGACACUUAGUACUCGCUUACAUAAAUCGAAACUUGCAACUGUAAUUGUCCUAUGUGUUAGUGUACUUAUGUAAAGAUGCAUAUAAAGGAUCAUACAUUAUAUUCAUAAUUUAAGCCCCCCAUCUGCUUUAAUGGCGCUCACACAUCGAUUCAGAAACACUUUAACAGGCUUAAUCUGAUCUUCAUAAGAAGCACAUAUAGACAUUAAUCUACACAAAAAAUCAGAAAGAAAAAUGUAUGCCAAACACAGAACGACGAUAGCUUCAAUUUCGCAAACGCUAAAUGUAAUUAUAAACCAUAUACAUAUAUGUUAUAAUAAAUUUAAGCGCCAAACUGUGGCAACUUCGAAAUCUGUGCGCUGGAAUUAACGAAAAUGCUACCACAGAUUUACGUAAAGUCUCUGGUUUAAAAAAAUAAGUUCACCCAAAAAUAUUUACAAAUACUUAGUGAUAAGUUUGAAAAAAAUAGUAAAAAAAACCAGGUGUAAAAAGUAACACAAAGAAAAAAACGAUGUGGUGAAGUCUGAAAAUGAUUAAAUCAACUACCAAGUAAAACUAGUUAAAAGGC